AUGGCUAGCAAGUCGAAGAUCGACCUUACACCAUCCAGCGAGCUUUCUAGCAGAUACACGCUCAAGGAAUUUCUGGGCGAGGGACAGUACGGCACAGUGUGGCGCUGUGAGAAGCGCGCGACAGGAGAGCACUUCGCACUCAAGUACAUUGACCUCACUAAGUGCAGCAGCAGGGCCCGCCGCGCAGCUCUCGGCGAAGUCGAAAUUCUCCAAAAGAUACGCGAUUCUGGCUUCUCCGAUAGUGUCGUGUCGCUUAGUGACGUGUACGGGGACAAAGAUUCGCUUUAUCUUGUAAUGGAGCUGUGCACUGGCGGGGAUCUCCUCGAGCUCAUUCAGAAGCGGCCCGGCGCGCUACUUAGCGAGGCGGAAUCGCGCCACGUGUUCACGUCCGUAGCGCGCGCCGUGAAGCAGUGCCACGCCAGCAGCAUCGUCCACCGCGACAUCAAACCCGAGAACAUUCUCAUCUGUCCGAAUUCGAGCGUCAAAACCUCCACCGUCGCCAGUGACGGCGCGUCGUUCGCUUACACCGCGAAGCUCGCGGAUUUCGGGCUCGCUGUGGACGUCCCUUGGUGGCAGCAGAUUCGCGGGUAUGCCGGUAGCAAGCCGUAUGAGGCGCCGGAAGUUAUGGCGGGGGUUGCGUACGACGAGUCGGCGGAUAUCUGGAGCCUCGGCGUGACUCUCUACGCGAUGCUUUCGGGAAAGUGGCCGCUGUUUAGGGGCGGGAAGCGGGUCCUGGACGAGAAGGCGGAUUUCGCAUCGGAAGACUGGAAGAAGGUGUCGCGUGACGCGAAGGAUCUCAUCCGUCGGAUGCUGCGCGUGGAUGUAAACGAGCGGUUCACGAUUGACGAGGUUCUGGCGCAUCCGUGGGUUCGUCCAGCAGCAGCGGCGGCUGCUGAGGAAUCGAUGGAGACCGUCAAGCUGUCGAAGAAACGAACGGCUGCUGUUGCUUCGCAGACCGAGGCUCAGAUUACCCCAGGAAUUGCGGAAGCCGAUUCUGAAAGCACCGCUACCAGCGCUCCGAUAUUCGCGUCCGAAGCCAAGUCCACCGAAAGCACUUCCUUCAAGAGACACGCCACCACCCAUGUCCCCGAUACAAAAAGAGUCGACACUGCGGGAAGCAUGCCUUUGGCGAGUGCAACCAACAGCACCGACAGUGAUUGCGGGAGCAACGCAGAGAAGCCGCGGUGGGGCGGAAAGCUGUCUCCCCGCACCGUUCUGAACCGCGUCAUGAAAGCCUUCUCCCCUCUCACGCGCCAAAAGGAGGCGUCGUGCAUCCCCGUCGAAGUUCUCUGA